AUGCCUCGUCUACACGAUAUGUACAACCUCCUAAUUCUAAUUACUAUUCUCUGUUUAUCAUCUAUCACAUGCGCCCACUCCGUGGAAACCACUUCCGACUUGAACGUGCAUGCACGAUCGGCCUGGGACCCAAGUGGAGAGAUCACCGCCGAUCGUCGAUUAGAAGCAUCCACAGAAGGAAACAUAACCGUGCACCGGCGAACAAUCCUCACAGCCUCAAGCUCCACUUCAACGGAUAUGCCCAAGCCUUUCGACACGCUAGCCUACGACUUCGCCAAGGGUGCCAGCUGCAUCGAUUUCUUCGCCAAAUGGCGUGCCGACGAAACCAUCAUCAACUGCAACGCCGUCUCCCUUCUCCUGGAGAACUCAAAUGCCUUCUUCCACUCCCUCAACUCGGCAAAUCGCACCACUCACAUUCUGGAUACAUCCUGCUCGGCAAAUGUCUCCGAAUGUGCAUCCAUCAUGACCGACCUUGCAGCCCAGCUGGUCAAAUCCGAAAACUGCGGCAAGGACUACAACAACGGGAACUCCGUCGUCAAAGGCUUGUAUCGCGACCUCGUUGCUUACGAACCCGUCUACCGUGCCACCUGUCUCAAGAACCCAUCAACUCAGGAUUACUGCUUCGUCAACUCAGUAGUCAACAACACCACCUCGCCAGAUGACUACAACGUCUACUUCAUGCCGCUCGGAGACCGACUCGACAUGAGCGCUACGCCAACUUGUAACAAAUGCUUGAAGUCGACGAUGGAGAUCUUUUCGGGCUGGGCUAAGCGAGACGGCCAGGGUCUUGCUUACACCUAUCUCCCCUCGGCGGAUGUCGUAAAUGCGCGCUGUGGUGCUGGAUUCGCGGCCACUAAUAUCACCGUUGGUUCCAGUGCUAUUACCAGUGGGGGUGGUCUCGCUGUUCCCCUGCCCAAUCUUGGUGUUGCGAGUGCCAUGGCCUUGGGACUGGCUGUGUUGACCGCGUUGUCUUGA